AUGGGUGGCUUGGAGAAGAAGAAGUAUGAAAGUGGCUCUGCUACCAACUACAUAACAAGAAAUAAAGCACGAAAGAAACUUCAGCUGAGCUUACCAGAUUUUAGGCGUCUCUGCAUCCUAAAAGGCAUCUAUCCCCAUGAGCCGAAACAUAAGAAAAAAGUCAAUAAAGGAUCCACAGCCCCUCGUACGUUUUACCUCUUGAAGGACAUCAAGUUUCUGCUGCAUGAGCCUAUUGUGACAAAAUUCAGAGAAUAUAAGGUCUUUGUACGUCGUCUACGUAAAGCAUAUGGAAAACAAGAAUGGGAUGCAGUAGACAGAAUUAGAGAGAACAAGCCAACGUAUAAAUUGGACCAUAUCAUUAAAGAAAGGUAUCCAACCUUUAUUGAUGCUCUCAGAGACCUAGACGAUUCUCUUUCCAUGUGCUUUCUAUUUUCUACCUUCCGUCGGACUGGCAAAUGCCAUGUGCAGACAAUACAGCUUUGUCGUAGGCUUUCUGUAGAAUUCCUCAAUUAUGUAAUUGCCUCCCGUUCUCUACGCAAGGUCUUUUUGUCUAUCAAAGGAAUUUACUAUCAAGCAGACAUACUAGGGCAGACUGUGACGUGGAUUACCCCAUAUGCUUUUUCACAUGAUCACCCUACAGAUGUGGAUUAUAGGGUUAUGGCCACAUUUACAGAGUUUUAUACGACCCUCUUGGGAUUUGUCAACUUUCGCCUCUAUCAGACUCUUAAUCUGCAAUAUCCCCCCAAGCUAGAUUCUCGUUCAGAAGCUGAUCUGAAAAUGAAUGAUGAAGACAAAUAUGCUCUGGGAUCUGAAGCCUAUAUGGAGAAAUUGGCAGCUCUCAGUGCCAGUCUGUCCCGAGUGAUUCCGUCUGAACCUGAAGAUCCAGAAGCAGAGCUUGAUGAAUUUCCCACAGAUCCAGAGAAUGGCAGCCUUCAGGAGGAGCAGAAAAAGCUUCAGCAAGAAGAAGAGAAGCACAAGUCUUUAUUCGUGGGUCUUAAAUUCUUCUUAAACCGGGAGGUACCUAGAGAAGCACUGGCGUUUGUCAUUCGGAGUUUUGGGGGGCGAAGUGUCAUGGGAUAGCACACUCUACAUUGGGGCAACAUAUGACAGCUCUGAGCCUACCAUCACACAUCAUAUUGUCGACCGCCCCAAAUGUGCAGACUCAGAUCAUUAACAGGUAUUAUGUUCAGCCACAGUGGGUGUUUGAUUCUGUAAAUGCCUGUCUACGUUUGCCUGUGGAAGACUACUUUCCAGGGGUGUUGCUACCUCCCCACCUUUCACCAUUUGUGGAGGAGAAGGAAGGGGAUUACAUUCCACCAGAGAAGCAGCGUCUUCUGGCACUGCAGAGAGGAGAGACACUUGAUGAGGAGGAGGAAGAAGAUGAGGAGGAGGAAGAUGAUGAUGAGGAAGAGGAGGAAGAAGAGGAGAAUGAAGAGGAGGAUAUAGAGAGUGAUCAGAAGUUGAGAGAAAGAGAAGAUAAACAGUUUAAGGGGAAGAAGGUAAAUGUAAAGGUAACAGCAGGCACUGUAAAGCUAGAGGACAAAACUCGAGCAGCUGAACAAGAAAAGAAUGAGGAAAAGCGUCUGGCUAUCAUGAUGAUGAAAAAGAAAGAGAAGUAUCUGUACAACAAAAUCAUAUUUGGCAAGAAGCGUAAAGUUAGAGAGGCUAAUAAGCUGGCAAUGAAGAGAAAAGCCCAUGAUGAAGCUUCCAAAGCUGAACGCAAAACCAAGAAGACAAAAAAGCAUUAA